AUGUUUCAAGCAAUGACAACGGGUUGGUUCCUAGCUGUGGUACUCCUUGGAAGCGUCUGUGUUGGCCAAGAGGAGCUUCUUGUCAACCCGAGCUUUGAGAAUGGUAUCAGCGGCUGGAAGCAUGAUGUCUUCACCAUGGAUGUGGAAACGACGGAGGUUCACGGGGGCAGUAUGGCUGUCAAGUGCUACGGAAGAACUCAGUCUUGGCAAGGCCCUGCCCAAGAUGUCAAGCUCAAGCUUGGGGGCAGAUAUGCCUUCAGUUCUUACUUCAAGCUCAUCGAGGAUAUGCCACCCAAAGGGCCUCAGCCAGUCAUGAUCAAAAUUGCCAUUGGCUACGAUGACGGCACUACAAAUUACUUUGAGCUAACCGGCCGUGUUCGUGUGACUCCUGAGGAUGGAUGGGUGCAGCUGGGGUCGGAUUUUAUCUUUCCAAACAAACCGUACACUAGUGCAAAGCUGUACCUCGAGGGACCGGGUCCAGAAGUUUCGUUCUAUUUUGACGAUGCCAGUUUGAAGGAGAUACCAGAAGACACUAAUUGGGAAACUGACGCUAAUGCGAGAAUUGAGAAACUUAGAAAAAGUACCAUACAUUUUAAGUUUCAGGUUGGGUCAAAUUUAGACGCCAAGGACAUCGAAGUUCAGAUUGACCAUGUCCGCCAUCUCUUUGGUUUUGGGUCCGUGCUUCGAAGUGACUUUCUCAUAGACGACGACUACAAGCAGUACCAGAACAUCGUGCAGCACAUGUUCAACUGGGCGACCAUACAGGACUUCAAGUGGCCAUACAAUAGAGGCACACGGGAAAAUCCUGACUACAAAGCUGCAGUGGCGGCAACCGACGCACUCCGCAAAAUGGGGAUAAAAGUUCGAGGUCACUGUAUGUUCUGGGCAGUGAAGGGGAAUGAGCCAGAUUACGUAUCCCCGUUAACUGGUCAGGACUUGAAGGACGUUGUGGAUGAACAUAUAAAGUACAUGACCAACAUUACGAAAGGAAAGUAUGAUGCCACUGGUGAUCAGAACUUCACUUUCCACAUGUUCAAGGCGAUCCACGCCGCAGACCCGACUCCAGACUUGUUUCUCAACGAUUAUGAUGUUGUCGCAGGGGGCGGCCAUACUCUGGAAUACCUUGAUCAGAUCAACACGUUUAAGGCCGCCAAAGUUGGCUUGGGUGGCGCGGGUGUACAGAGCCACUUGCAGGACUUGACGGAACCAGAUCCAACAUUGCUCAAGGCUCGGCUGGACCACCUAGCCAAAGCCGGCGUGCCUCUCUGGGUCACAGAACUGGACUUGGCAGCACCUGACGAGACCAAGAGAGCAGACUGGCAUGAGAAAGUUCUUCGCCUCUACUUCAGUCAUCCAGCUCUUCAUGGAGUCAUAUUCUGGGGUUUCUGGGAUCACGAAACAGAUCCACUUAAAGCAAUGGUUCAUGGAUAUGGAUAUACCCUGGAUGAAGCUGGCAAGCGCUUUCUCCGUCUGACCAAGAAAGACUGGAGCACCCACAUCAACAAAUCUCUGGCAGACGGAACAUCUUUUGACUUGGAGGGUUUCCAAGGCGACUACAACGUGACGGUGUACUAUCGAGGGAAACCCAUACAGAUUAGUUCCUUCUCUCUGGGCAAAAGUAACAAGAAUGUCAAUAUCAACAUAAAUGGAGACGGAAGUGAAAUUAAGUUACCUCCUGUGGUGGACCCAUUCGAGCACGUGGACAUCAUACACGAGACAACGACUCAGAACAUGUACGUAGUCGGACAAGCGGCAUCAACAUCCACCUCAGCAAAACUGUCAUGUGUCACCCGGAAGUCUGCAGAGUCAGAGAUCGGGGACGACAUGAACGCUGAUGUCGCGUGCAACAGUGAUGAGGUUCUGACUGGGUGCUCCAGCUACCUGAAGAAUAACGACUGGCGUCGAGAUGGUGAGCAGAUCGUUCUAACCAAUGGAACAGUUGUGUGCAGGGCAAUUGACGGUUUCUGGUCUAUAGUUGGUACUCAAGCAAUUGCUCGCUGCUGCAGUCUCCAAGGGUUGUCCUGCACGUAUAAGACUGCUGGGCCGUCAGGUACAGGCGUUGAUGACCAGGUCCUGGUUCCCUGCGCAGACACAGAAUAUCCUUUAGGCUGCGCCACCUGGACAUACCAGUCUGAAUCCGAUGGGACUUUAAUUGCAAAUAACACCUGCAUCUCUCAGAAUGAUGACCCGGCGGCUGGCGUGUAUUCGUAUGCUGCCUGCUGCAAAGGGGGAAGCCUCAAAUGCUCGUCUAUUGUGUCCGCUCCAAGUGGUCAGAAUGUUGGAGACAAAGCUUCAGCGGAGUGUCCUUCAGGCAGUGUUCUCACUGGAUGUAAUGUUUUCUCCAAAAAUGGCCGAGCUGCUGGAGCCUACAUUGAAGAUGGCGCUGAUGUCUGCACUGCAGUAAAUGGAUUUAUCAAAUAUGGAGAUGAGAUUGGCGUUCAGGCGGUAGCCUCAUGCUGUCAUACGUAA